AUGGCAACCGUAGCGCACCAGCGCCAGCCGACGUCUGCUCAGUCCCGUCCGCAUCACGAAGCCAGUCGCAGUGCAUCUGCCUCUCCCGCAAACAUGGCCUCCACACAGCACGCUCCGCCGCCGGCGCCGGCACCCGCGAAGAAGGGCAAGGGCAAGAAGGCGCCAGAUCCCUCGGAGCAGCAGAAACAGAUACAGGCCAAGAUUGCGCAACUUGAACUGGACCAGGCAGGUGACAAGGAGCAGGAGCUUGAAAUUGAGCGCGAAGUCAAGAAAGCGAACCGUGAACUCUCCUCCCUCCUCUCGAACAUGGACGGGCCCCUGUCACGCCUCGAGGUGGUGCAGAAGCGGUAUACAGAGCUGCUGUCCGAUAUGAAGCGUACCGAACGCGAGCAUCAAAAGGCAAAGAAGCGCGGAGAUCAGUUACAAAAAGAGAAGGAUGCGCAAAGGUCGGAGCUGAACAAGGUCACCACAAUGAAGGACAAGUUGGACAAGCUGUCGCGUGACUUCGCCAAAGAGAACAAGAGACUCAAGGACGAGUUGCACAAGCUCGAGACUAGCGAGUCGACCGCCCGGCAAGAAUUACACGAACGACUCGAGCACCUUGUAGCUGAUGUCGAUGAUUGUAUUGCAGCCGCGAACGGGCCAGAACCCCAGAACCAAGCAGAUUUGGAACUGGAUGAGUUGUUUCGACAAAAGUUCAAGUCAUUCAUCGACCAGUAUGAGUUACGCGAGCUUCAGUUUCAUUCAUUACUCCGCACCAAGGAGCUUGAGAUACAGUACCAGAUGGCUCGGUUGGAGCAGCAACGCAAACAACAGGAAGCCGAAUCGUCAAAGUCACAUCAGUUGACCCGUCAGGUCUCGACCUUUUCACAAACCGAAACCGAACUCCGCACACAGCUCAACAUCUACGUCGAAAAGUUCAAGCAGGUUGAGGAAACACUCAACAAUUCAAACGACUUGUUUCUCACGUUCCGCAAGGAGAUGGAGGAGAUGUCAAAAAAAACCAAACGCCUGGAAAAAGAAAACCAAAAUCUACAACGCCACAAGGAAAUCACAAACCGGAACAUCGGCGAGAUGGUUGAAGAACGUCACAAAAUGCAGGAAGAGCUCGCACGAAAGACCAAGGAAUCAGAAGAUCAGCGCAAGAAGAUUGCUCGACUCGAAACUUUAUGUCGAGGAAUGCAAGCACAGGGUCGCGGUCAGGUUCCGAUGAACGAGGAUCUAGAAGAGGACGAGGAGGUCACGGAGAGUGAGUACGAAUACGAAGAUGAGGAGGAUGAAGAAGGCAGCGGGGAAUACGACGAUGAGACGGAAGACGAUGCCGUCGAACCUGUACCCGAACGUCGGCCAUUUGGACCUGUACCACCACCUCCGCCGCCGCCACAAACCAUUGCGCAGGGGAAGAUGAAUGGCCAUAAACAGGUCAAUGGGCAAAUGAAUGGAGUCAAGCGCUAA